UUUGCCAUUUGAAGGCAAAUUCAAUCUUCAUUUUUUUUUUCUGGCUUAUCCGGUACAUCCACUAAAUGUUGGUCCCAAUAUUAAAUUCUCCCAAUUCAAUUCCCAAGGUUUUCUUCAAAUCGAAAUUCUUUCCAGCAACGAAAUCUUUACCUGAUUUACCUAAAAAAGGAGUACACAUACUUGUCGCUGCGAAUUAAGUCAGAACUCCAUAAUUGGUAAACGAAGAUGGCGGAUGUAAAAUCUGUUGGAGUAAUUGGUGGAGGGCAGAUGGGUUCAGGAAUAGCUCAGCUUGCUGCAGUUGCUGGAAUCGGUGUUUGGCUUGUUGAUUUAGACUCAGAAGCACUUAAAAGAGCAACCCAAUCAAUCACCAACUCAGUACAACGAUUCGUUUCCAAGGGACAAAUCUCUCGGGAAGUAGCUACUAAUGCUCUUAAGAAUCUCAAAUGUACGUCGAAUUUGGAAGAUCUCCAGUCAGCUGAUGUUAUUAUUGAAGCCAUUGUAGAAUCUGAAGAUGUAAAGAAGAAACUUUUUUCUGAACUAGAUAGGAUUGCAAAACCUUCUGCAAUUUUGGCUUCUAAUACAAGUUCAAUAUCCAUUACUCGUAUAGCAUCUGCAACUAGCCGACCCUGCCAGGUCAUAGGUAUGCAUUUUAUGAACCCCCCUCCUAUUAUGAAAUUGGUUGAGAUUGUAAGAGGCGCAGAUACGUCUAAUGAGACCUUUAUGACCGUAAAAACCAUGGCAGAGAGGUUUGGGAAAAUAAUUGUAUGCUCUCAAGAUUAUCCAGGCUUCAUUGUGAAUAGGAUACUCAUACCAAUGAUAAAUGAAGCCUUUUUUACCCUCUACACAGGGGUGGCUACGAGAGAAGAUAUUGAUACCGGAAUGAAACUGGGUACAAACCAGCCAAUGGGUCCUUUAGAACUUGCAGAUUUCAUUGGAUUGGAUGUUUGUUUAUCUAUAAUAAAGGUACUCCAUGUUGGCUUAGGGGAUAGCAAGUACAGACCAUGCCCGCUUCUUGUGCAGUAUGUUGAUGCUGGACGACUUGGACGCAAAAGAGGUAUUGGUGUAUACACUUAUGGUAAACAACAGGAAUUAGUCAAAUCUUCGUCUAGACUUUGAACUGUUUGCAAGUUAGAAACUAUCAAUAGCUAGUGCAUCUAUUUAUUAAUCCUGUAUCUGAGUGGUUAAUCUAUUCAGGAUGAAUAAUAACCCUCUGCUCGUUCCUAUAACGGCACUUUCAAUAAACUAAUUGUUUGCUACAGAUCAAUUUGACCUCUCUAUGCUUUUUCUA